AUGUCCACGUAUCGGUGUAACGUUAUUGCUAUUUUGGUGGUUGUGGUAUUAUUAGCAAUUAAUUUAACAAAAGGUCAAUCUGAAAAUUUUCCGUAUGGAGAAAAACGGCAAGAAGGAAGUGCGACGCAUUAUUGUGGGAAACGGCUGUCAAAUGCUUUACAAAUAUUUUGUAAUGGUGUUUAUAAUUCAAUGUUUAAAAAAAGUGGAUUUGAAAUGGAAAUGGAUGAUUAUCCAUAUGCAUACGACUAUCCUCUAAGAUCUCGAGCGAGCGCUAACGCAAUGAUGGGCCGAUUUGGAGGCGCGAGAUUUCGACGUCAAUCACGGGGUGUUCACGAUGAGUGCUGCGUAAAACCUUGCUCGAUCUCCGAGUUAAUGAGCUAUUGUGGUAAUUAA